AUGGGAAACUCGUCAAGUGAAAUCGUGUCAAGAGUUGAAGGCUUAGACCUUGAUGCUUUGUCAAAAUCAAUGAAGCAGGACUUAGAAAUCCUCGGCGACCCUUCACUUAUCUUCAACACUGGCAAGCUUCUCUGUCGUUCUGAUCUUGAAGACUACAUGGUCCCAGGCUUCGACAAAGUCAAGCCCAAAGAAGAAGAUGUAAGCACUGAGCAAGAAGAGUCAAUGAUCUACAGCGUUGGCGUCACAGAGCGUCAUCAUGAAAAGCAUGGAGAUGCUAUCAAAAACUUAAUUGAUGACAUUUUACGCAAAAAAGGCGAAGAUCCCUGCUCAAAAGAGAUCAUUGUCAAACUCCAAGCCAUUUCUCGCAUUUUUGAAGCACUUCUGAGGCUUGAACAGACUAGGAAGCUCCGUUCCAAGCAUGAAGAAACCAAAUUGACAGCCACCAAAGGUGCACUUCCACCAGUAGCCAAAGCAGCUGUUCGCUUUGGGUUAGGAACACUUUUAUAUCUUGUGAAAUGCGUAGGAGGCAUCAACCCAGAAAUCUACCAGCUUGUGGCAAGAGAAGCCUCAGAAACCCUUGCAGAAAUGCCUCCAAUGGCACUGCAGACUUCAGACCCGACUAUUUCUAAAAGUCUUGACAACAUUGCGCAGUUCUUUGACUCGAUUCUGAAAGGAGAAGUGGAUAAUGUGACUGAAGAAGACAAAUUGGCAAGCUUAUCGCCUCUUUUUGCCUUGGCAAUUACCACAGGCAGCUUGACAUCUACCUUGGUGCUUGCUUUGAGAUUUUUAAUGAUGCCAAAGAAUGAUAACUUAAGACCGAUAUUAGAAAUUAUUUACCCUCAUUUGAAAUCGCUCAAGAACUUAGGUGUGGCGACACGUGAAGAUGUUCCAAAAUGGUGCAAAACCAAAGUUGGGCCUAAUAGUGUAAUAGGAGAUGAUGAUUGCUCAGUAUCUGGCACAAGUGGGUGGUCUACUACGCUAGGAAAUGAUGAAAUUACUUCAGGUGUCCAUUAUUAUGAAAUGAUAAUGGAAACUCUUUCGACUGAAAAUUUCCUUUGGGGAGUUGCGGAUACGAAAUACUCUUCAAUGUCAAGUUGGUCAGAUUCCAACUUCAGCUCCUUCCUGUAUCAAUGCCAGUCUUCAAUUUGGAACAGAAGCAAUGAAAUUUAUAAAUGGGAGCCAUUCAAACAAGGAGAUAGAAUUGGGAUGCUCCUCAACAUGGAUGAAAAAACAGUCACUUUUUACAAAAAUGGGAUCAGAGAGCCAAGAGGAAACCAUGGACCUUUACCAGACUGCGUCAGGAUUUACACUACACAAGCUGGAAGCACGAAGGUAAAAAAUAUUGCUCCUGAAGAAUUCCCUGAAGACGUUAUUAGCUUACUUGGAAAUGACAAGCCAGUUGAUACAGAAGAAUUCAAAGCAACACGCUUAUAUCAGCUGAUAGAUGGUGAUAGUCCUUCAGAAGAUUUUUUUACUACCAACACUGCAGAAAUUUCGAGCUUUAUUUUAACUCCCCUUUCAUGAGCGAACAAAAAAAUUUUGUUCGCUUAUGAGGCGAGCUAAAAUUUAUGGAAUUUUGUGGAAAUUUAAAAAAACAAUUCAUAAAAAUUAAUUUAUUUUAUAAAAUUUAUGCUAAAUAAUACAAGCUGUUUAAAAAUAAACAGAAUUAGCUAGAGAUUUCAUUUAAAAUUUUAUACUUAAAUAUCAAAAUAUUUUUUUUCAUAAAAUACUUUUUUCCGAAUGGAUUUGUUCGCUCAGGGUAGGGAGGGGUAAGCAAGCUUGCUUGUGUCAACACCCCAACCUUGGAACUCCUACAAAGCAAAGGCAAAAAAAUUGUGAUUCCUAAGAAAAGAGGAAUUUCUUUAGAUCUCCAAUACUUGACUGUCGACCAACUUGAUAGUAUUUUUGUCGCAUUGCUCAACAUAAUAAAAGGUGGCGAAUUUCAUAUAUUGAGUGAAGAAAACUGCCACCUAGCCCUUAUUUCAACUCAGCAGUUAAUACGAGCUCAUUUAUUAGCAUCACGACACCAUCAGAACCACGGUCUUGACUCUUUGCUAAGAAAUCGAGUUAUGGAGCACACAACUGAGAUUUUGACAAUUCUUCCAAAUACCAAAGCUAGUGAGGAAGCAACUCUUACCAUUAGUUUAUGCUUUGACUGCUUUUACAGCGAACCACAAGAAAAAUUGUCAUAUUUAAUUGAAAGACUUGAGGAUAAGAAAAGUGGAAAAGAAAUAGAAGGAGUCUUUAAACAGCUCCAAGACAGAAUUUUCUUAGAAAUGGCUCAGCCUGAAAAACUGUUCCCAGCUCUUCAACUUGUUAGCGACGACCACAGCAAAGUGAUCCAGCAUUACUUUGAGCUUCUCAUUGAAUUCGGAACCAAAACUUCUAAAUCUGUUGUACAUGGCGAAGCCCCAGAAACUGGCUUAAUUAGAUUGCUUGAAACUAGUCAGACUGUUUUGAUUGCUCAAGCUGCAAGAUCCAACUUUGAAGGCGCCUGGCAAGAAAUUUUGCUGUCUUACGCAGUCUUGCUUUUCCAAAACGCUGACAGCGUAAUUAAAGAAAUUUUAGCACUUUAUCCUGAUGGUGACGUCCCUGACGAUUUAUGCAGCAAAAUGAAUGAUACUAUUCUCCAGCAUUUACUGGAAGGUCUUCUAUACUCCUUAAUGCUCAGCAAGAUGGAUUUAAGCAUCCUAGCGAAGGUUUUAUCAAGCUUGCAGGGCCUAAUUCAAAGUGUUGGAAAAUUCCUCCCUAAGCCAUCAGUAUUGACUACAGGUUCAGCCUGGAUCCCACAGAUUUAUGAGUCGACCCAUAACUAUGCAGACGGCCUAAACACAGAAUAUCUCGUAAAAGUCCCAAGGGCUCUGAAAUAUCUAUUGACGUUCGACCCUCAAUGUAAAACAGAAAACGGGUGUGACUACUUAGAACUUUGGCUCGAUCAGAACAGAAGCAGCAAAUUCGCUAGAUGGGAAGGAGAAAAUUUCCCUAAACAGCCUGUAGAAGUUCAAAACCCUCUCUUGUUUUUCACUUUCCACUCUGAUGGGUCAGUCAACUACUGGGGUUGGAAAAUCGAAAUCAAGGCUGAAGUUGAAGCAAGCUACUUCACCAAACAAUGGCCAGACACCACCAAAGAUGCCGCUUCUACAUUGCUCGGCUAUAUAAGCUCGAACUUGAUUUCAGGGCAGUGGGAUUUAACCCCAGAUGACGAAGAAGCAUCUAAAUUGCUAAACAACCCUCUCUUAAAAUACGGAAUCCACGACAGUGUUUUAACCCUUGUCAAAGAGCCAACUCCUUUGAACGAGCAUCUCUUCAUUAUGACCACCAAUGCCAGUCUUACUGAAAAAGCCAAAAAAGCUUUAACAGCAUCAGUGUAUUCUGAAGCGAUCAAGAAAAGAAUAGUACAAAGCUUAUCAACCACAACUUCCUUAGGAGACUAUGUAGCUGGGUAUGGGAAACAUGAAACUCAGACCAAGUAUUCUAGUGUCCCAUUCUUGCAAGAACUUAUAGAAGGGAGCGAAAGAGUUACCAGUGCUUGGGCUAAUUUAAAGAAAAAGUCAGGAGUGGUAGGACCUGCCGCUAAUAUAGGAGGAGCAGAAAUGGAUCAAGCUGAAAGGGCGAUUUUUGCUGUUUAUACAGCCUUCUUUGAAGCAGUUGACACUGUGAAUAAGAUUUUUGACGCUCCAAGUGACAUAGGCGCUACUAUGAAAUAUAUUGUGAAGCAGAGCAGCCUUAUUAGAGGUUGGGCACAGAAACAGAAACAAAAACUUAUGGAUGGCGGCAAACCAGAUAUUACUUAUAGCGACAUUAAUAAAGAUAUUGUGACGAAAUGCGCUUUGUUACUAGGAACUGACUAUAAGCUAAGCUUGAAUGAGCUUGGGGUCAGCAAAGUCAUGAAAAAUUUACUUUCUAAUGUAGCAAGAAUACAGAGCCAAGACUCAGGCAAGCUUAAAUCUGGCAGCAAAUGGAAAACUGUCAAAGAAGCUGUCAAGUCAGCAUCUAAGCUUAAAGGACUUCUAAGUCUUGCUUCCAAAACUAAAGAGCCAGAAAACGAAGAUGUCAAAGAAUUCUUGAAGGUCGCUGAUCUUGUCACCAAGUUUUUGGAAUCCUCAGUCCCAGUUGAAGCCAUAGUAAGUCUUAUUGACAAAAGAAGAACUAAAGGGAUUGCUAGAACUCUUGGAUUCCUCUCGUUUGCUAACCUAAUCGGCUCUAGCAAUAAGCAAGAAUCUGCCUUAGUUAAAGCUUUUAGUGACUCAUUGAAAAUCAAAAGUGAGAAAAACCAUUAUUGGGUUGGCCUAGAAGGAACAGACCCGACACUGCUUCACUGUGUCCAGCAUUCUUUCUUCCAAGUCUAUGGCACUUUACAAAAAGAACUGUCAAAGCCAAGACCAAAGAAGCUGAAGCAAACGGACUAUACCCAUUAUUUGACUGCAUAGAAGCAUAAUCAUAAAAUGGACAGAGGAGAAAUUGCACAGCCUCCUGGUUGUCAAAAGGGUAGCGAAGGCUUGGGUUUAAUCCAUCCAGCACACCUGAGGGGCGACCUUUAAGUGGAAUACACUCUGGAGCUGAGUCAUACGUGAGGCCAACGCGAGGGGCUAGAAGCUCAGUAGUGGAUGUCGGCCAUUCUCUAAACUGUCUGAAAUAAAAUAUGGCCCAUGACGUCACCUGUUCGGCCAUGGCUGCUUCAUAAGAAAUGAUGCGACACCAGGCACCUUAAAUAUCAGUUAAUAAAGUAAGUAAGACUGUCCUCGAAGCAAUGAGCUGCCCAUUAAAAGGAACGGACGGCCACUUGAUAUUGGAGCAACAAUUCCCAACCACAAUUACUCAUCUCCUAAAAUGGGCCAAAGGCUACAUAGGAGAAGACGAAAUUCACCGCCCAUUCAAGAAAGAGCUUUGCAUUACUAGAUUUGGUGUCCUUCCUGAGCCGGAUGUGCCAGAAAACGCUACUAAAAUACUGCUCGAAGAAAGGCCAGAUGAGCCAAAAGUUUAUUUGGUCAUCGAUAAGGCAGGAAGCUCAAAGCCUAUUACUGAAGCCGUACUGUCAUCUGAAAGAAAUUUAGAAGGAUAUGAAGACGCUUGCGGAGAAUUUACAUUCAGAGGAGAGACAAAAUUCAUUUUAGUUAAAAGAGAUGACGAGAAACCAAAUAACAAAUAUAGAAGCUUCCUAUGUUUGGCGCUGUAAGGCCGAUAAAUUCUGAUCGGAAUUUAUCGGUUGGUUGCACCAAAUCAAUGCCUUGGUCGGACCAAAAAGCGAUUUGGUCCGACGAACUUGGAAAGCUCCUGGGAAAAUGUCUGCGCUUUCAGCGCUAUAUAGAGGAAACCUCUAUAUCUGACAGGAGUUUCUGAUACUUUAGAGUUUACCUUUACAGAGUAUGAUACCUUAUUAGAUCCAGAACCAGAAGAAGAAAAAAAGAAAAGAGAUGAGCUCAGAACAAGACUAAGCAAAGGGUCCUGGGCCUUAUUCAAGCAGCUGCUAUACUCAAUUGCAGGAUCGUGGAUAGAGACAAACGAAACCAAAAAGCUACUAAUUCAAGAACUGUUUAUGCAAACUAUUUUCAGCGAGCUAAAAUAUGAUAAACUAUUCACAGCCCCUGAUGAAAGUCCUUUGAUAGUUGCUCAGCUAGCCAGAGGUGACAGUUGGAUUGGUAAAAACGUGAUCCCAGCUGAACUGAAAAGAAACCCUGUCCAAGAGUGGCUUAGACAGUUCAGACAUGAGACUGAGAAGUUUUCCAGCUGUGUCCUCAAAGACAUCAUCAAUGAGUUCAUAGAAAAGGCUGACCCUGCAAUGAAAGGGAUUUUGACCCCAGAAGAUUUAAACAGACUAGAAAGAUCCAUUGCAGAAACCUUAGAAAGCUACGAGGAAAAUAAAAAUAACAGAGGAGAAUAUGACUUCUUCAGGUACUUACAUGUGCUUAAAGGACUUAGUGAUCAAUUCCCAGCAGAUGUCCAGGAAUACAUGAAUGGCUCUAAACUCUGGCAAGAACUGCCAUACGACUAUUAUGAAGCAGCAGCCGCUUAUGACUUAACAAAUGUCAAUGGAGUUAUAGAUAACUUCGAGAGAAAAUUAAAGCCAACAGAAGGAGCAUCCUUUAGGACUUACAUCGAACUAUUCAGAACAGCAGAGCAGCCUGGCAUCCUUGCUGCAGAUAAGAUCCCAGAAAACACCCCAGCUGAGUUCAAAGAUGAAGCUGGCUUAUUAGAUUUCUACGUCACUGUUAACGCAAUCAAUAGAGACCAUGAGAAAUUCGCUUCAUUUUAUAACGAAAUCCAAGACUCUUUGUCAUAUUAUGGAGACUUGCCACAUACUUGUAAGACAGCUUCCCAAGCAAUUGCUAGUCAAAUUGAUUAUUUAGGUUCACUGCUUUGGAGCUUAUAUGGAUCUUUGGGUUCCCAAUGCUUGCCUAAGCUUCUAGCCCGUGAAUCAUAUUUCAAGACUCUUCUCCAGCUUACCUUCGCAGUCCCAUCCUCUAAAAUAGUUACUUUUGGAGCCAGAAUCCUAAGGCACAUCAUCCCAACCCAGCAUUCUCCACAGACCUUGGUGCCUUAUUGGGAAUCUUUACAAGACCUCCCUGACACCAAAGUUGACCUUAUUUCUUAUCUGUUAAGCAAGAUUGGCAACGGAGUGACCUGGUAUGAGCACGAAAAUCUUAAAGAAAUUUCCUUGAGAUGGGCUUAUGAAGCAGAAAGCUUGCUUCUUUCUCUAGCCCAGGUAGAUAGGUGGAGAGUUGAGCUUGUGGAAACUUUAAUACAAACCUUGCAAGAUGGCAAAGCAAAUAUUAGCCAGAACAAGCCGCUUGAAGCCCGCCAUACAGGAGCCAUUUAUUUGUUAUCAGCAUCUUCAAAGAACUUUGAUGGUUAUGGAAUAGUCCCAAUUACCCUGUCACAGGUAAGACUUAGCAAUUCUUCUAUCCCUAGAGGAGUUAUCAGAGAAAUCAACCACCCUAACGCAAACUUUUACUCUGUAAACGAAGACUCAAUGGCAACUGAGCCACUAGAAAAAAUUGAAGGACUUGAGGCUCAAAUCAAUACAAGGAUCUAUGAUCAUUUAACUGCAGAAGAAAAAGACAGUCUCAGUGAAGUCAUUGUCUCUUUCUGGGAAAAUCUUCAAGAUAGCAGAGAAAAUUUAAUAUUCGCUCCUAGUGAGACCAUUGCAAAUGUGAGAAUCUUAUAUGCCAAACUAGAUGUCGCUUUUAUGGUCGCAAUACUAGACAUACUUGAAUCCAAAGAAAGUGUCCAAGAAUCUGAGGGAGAAAGCAUUAUUAGGAGAAUUCUAGAUCGUAGCAAGCCGUUCUCGUUUACAAGCAAGAAUGUUUAUUCCAAGAUUAUCAAUGAACUCGCCAAAAAACUUCAUGCGAACCCACAAGCUAAAGAAGAAGUCCAAAUGACUGAACAAGAAGCUCAAGCCAAAAUCGCCCAGUAUGCAGAAGCUGACCAACUGUUAGCAACUGAACUGCUUUCUCUUGAUGUCCCAGCUGUAAAAAUUGUCAAAUGCUUCGAGCAAGGUAUCAAAGAAAGAGAUGCUGUGAUUAGUUGGCAAGAACCAGUCAAGCCUGAAAAGCAAACUGUCCAACUUUAUAAACUUGGAGCCUUAGAAGAUAAUUCCUUCAAAGCCAGAGAUAUCUCAGGCAAGUCUGAGCUCUACCAGAACGGCCUUUACCAUUUCGUGAUAAAUAAUCCUGAAAAUACAGCAGACAGAAAAGAACUAUUAAACACCUUACUCCCCACUUCGUGAGCGAAAAAAAAAUUUGCUCGCUCACAGGUUAAUUUUUAUUAUAUAUAAAUUUUAAUAGAUUUUUUUUCAAAAUCUCAACAAUAACCCCAAUUCGCAAAAAUUUAGAGUAAAAAUUAUUUUAAUUUGUAAAAUUUAUGCUUUAAAUGCAAGCUGUUUAAAAUUAAACAGAAUUGUUCGAGAUCUCAUUAUAAAAAAAUUAUAGCUUAUGUAUCAAAUUUCUUUUCAUAAAAAUAUUGCUCACGGAGGAUGCGUUUUUUUUGGGAUUUUUUCAAUGGUUUUGAUCACUCACAGAGGGAUAAAGUUAGACAAUUCUAUUUUCCACGGAGUCAACUCACAGUGCUCUAUGGUCACAAUUUUGGCUGUUUUAGAAGGAAAGGUUAAAAAUGACAGCUUAGUCGGAGGACUGAAAAUCGGAAAGCUUAAGAUUGGGUGGAAAUCAGAAGCAGGCAGCUCUCACUUUACUAUUAACAAAGUGAGCCAGCAUGAAUUUAGCCAUUCAGAACAGCUAUUUGUUAGGAUUCACGCAAGCUCUUCAGGAGAAAUCACAGUUGUAAACGAAAUCAGCCAUGAAAGAAGAGAAAUUACGACAGGUGGUGUAUUUAACGGCUUCAAGAUUAGCGACUACGGGGUUUACCUUAAGCAAGGUGCUUCAAUAAGUUUACUUGCAUUUGAAGUCUAUGAAGGAAAAUAUGAAGGUGGCUUACAAGCUAAGAUAGAAAAAGCUAAAGACUUAGAAGGUGGUGAAAGAUAUGUUAGAAUUAAGACUAUCUCCCCCGCUUUAAAUUGGAACAAAAAAUCCUGUUCCAAUUUAAAGGGCUUUAAUUUAUUUUAAACAGAUUUAAAUUUAAAUUUUUCUCUAUACAAAAUUUUAAUAUCCAAAAAAAAAUUUUAAACUUAUUUAUAUGAAGAAUUAAAUAAAAAAAUAAUCUAUUCAGCUUGAACUGUUUAAAUAGCAUUCUACUUGCAUUUUGUUUAUUAAAUUAGAUCAAAACUAUUUUAUAAAAAUUAGUAUUAUCAUAGUUAAAAAUUUUUCCUAUUGAAAAAUUAAAGGGUGUUUAAAGUACUCAAAAAAAGCAAAUUUUACCAAUGAUUUUUUCCAAUUUAAAGGGGGAGGAGUAAGCCACAAAACUUAGACAGACUUAGAUUAAAACUUUUGGGACUUUCUGAUGAAGAAGUAACUCAACUUUUAAGUUCCAAUGAUAGCCUAUCAUCAAUUGUAAAGCAUACUUUGACUUCAGUCCCAGACGACAGUAUAUCCAGCUCUCAAUUGUCCUUACUCCCCCCCCCCCUCCGUGAGCGAACAAAAAAAUUUUGUUCACUCACGGAGGGGGGUUAAUUUUUUUUUUUUUAAAAAACAAUUUAUAUAUAUAAAUUUUAUAAAACAUAUUUUUUUCGAAAUUUAAAAAAAAUCCUAAUUUGCAAAAAUUGGGAAGCAAAUACUAAUUUAAUUUGCAAAAUUUGUUUUUAAAAACGCAAUUUGUUUAAAAUUAAACAGAAUUAGCUCUAGAUUUCAUUAUACUAAUUAUCACUUAUAUAGCAAAAUUUUUUUCUAUUAAAAUUUUUUCUAUUAAAAAUAUUUUUGUUCACUCACGGAGGGUGGGUUUUUGGUCAAAAAAUGGCGAUUUUUCUAAUGGUUUUGUUCGCUCACGGAGGGGGGGGGGGAGUUAGAGCAAGCUACCAUCACUGACAUAAAGAUCUUUAAGUCAAAAGACCUGAUUCCUAAAGACUACUCAGUCGUCCAAGUCUACGAAAACGGCAGCCCAAUUGAGUUUGAAAUGGCUCACAGGCAGUGGCUGGCUAUGAAGAAAGAAAACUUUUUGACUGGAAAGUGCUGCACUGGCUUCUCUGUUGCAGAAAAUCCUGGAGACUACGCUGACAUCGGCGAUCUAAGCAUAGAAGAUGAAAGGAAAAACAACGUCUACAUCAAAAUUACAGCUCCUGACAAGAAAAAUAUCCCAAUUAAAGAUAUUGCAUUUAUCAAGGUCAGCUCAAUUUACUCUGUUAUCUUGCCUCAUGGGUUCAGACUUGUUACCGAUAAAGAAGGGAAAGCUAUUAAUAUUGCUGGAAAGCAAGAAAAAGGCCACUACAUAUUGGUCGGCAUCAAGGACAGUGACACCAUAAUGAACUGCAAUGUGUUCCCAUUGAGAAACUUAUCAGUCAAAGGAAAUUCUUUCGGGCUUGUAGACCAGUACCAAACUUCAGAAGCAAAAGUAAAUAAGAAAGAAGAAGAAAAGUCGUAUGAUGGCUAUACCAUUAUGGAACUUUAUAACUACUUAUAUGAUAUUGAAGAAAACCGCAGAGUUUCUACAUCAAGGAAACUAUUGGUAAGUGUGCUCAAGAAAAAUCCUAAUAUCAUUGUCCAAGCUUCAAACAGCCUAAAUCUUGGAAAACUUCUGUCAUUUGUUGACACAGAGCUUGAUCUUUUGGAAGGCCCAUUCACACAGCUUCUCAGCAGUUUAGAUAAGCAAGAUUUCCGUGUUCAAGCUGCUACUGAGUGCAUAGCAAUUUUGCUGUCUUGCUUAAUUGCAAAGACUUCUGCAGUUGCAUUGAAGACAAUUACUAUUGAAAGUUUGCAUCCUUAUAAUGACAGCAUGGACGUUGAUGAUGUGAUCACAAUCCCAGGUGCAAAAGGCUUGAGAAUUGAGUUCGACCCUCAAUGCUAUACAGAAUCUGGCUGCGAUCCACUGAGAUUUUACCAAAACUCUGGCAGGCAAGGAGAAAUCAAGUGCUUGUCAGGUCAAGGUGAAAGCAACUGGCAGCCAUUUGACGUUGAAGGAGACACUGUUUACACCUAUUUCCAUAGUGAUGGCUCAGUACACUACUGGGGCUACAAGUUUGACGUUAUUCCAGUAGGCUCAGGAGAAAAGCCUGAUAUGAAGCCAGACGUCGCUCUUUGGCUGCUAGAAAAAUUCUCUCUGCUUGUAGGAACUGACAAUGAGCUUAAUUUGCUUAACUCCACACGAUUCUUACAGACCCUCUUCUUAUUCAUGCUGGCUUCCCCUGACAUUGAGUCUAAAUCUAGAUCUUUAAACAUACUGAAAUCGUUUAUGAAAAACUCCAGCCCAACCCUCCAGUCAAUUUUCAAGAUUCUUUUCUCUGAAGCCAACGAGCUCUACAAUGCAAAUAAGUCUACAAAAGCCAGCCAUCCUUUACUACAAACACUAGUUCUGUUAUUAGUGAAAGCUAUCGGUCUUGGCUAUUCUGGCCCACAGGAGCCAUGGUUUAUUGAGCUCAAUGAGCUGAUUUCUGAUAUGAAAGGACUGACUGACAAAGAUGAAGCUUUGGAGAUGUUCAUUUUCGAAACUUUCAAAGGCAAGAUCAAUGCAAGUGCCGAGCAGGUCAGGGAGUCUUCCCAUCCUUACAAUAGACAAACUAAGUGCGAAAGAAUUCAAAUCCCAGGUGCAGCCUUUUUGAACAUUGAGUUCGACUCUCAAAGCAAAGUGGAGCCAAGAGACACCAUUUUCUUCAGCUAUGACGAAGAAGGUAAAUCCUCUAUCGAAAAAACAGUCAUUGGUGUUGAGUCUUCAUCAUCAAACUGGGCUGACAUGCCAAAGGGUCCUGAUAUUGCCUUAUCAAACAACAACAAGACAGUCACCAGAACCACCUCUUCAGGCUGGGGAACUGCAAUUUUCAAUGAAAGCUACAGUUCAGGAAAGAUCAAGAUUUCUUUGCACAUAGACAACGACGGAGAUUCAGCUUAUCUGUACAUUGGAGUCAUAAAAUCAGAUGGUACUGACUACAAUUUAAGCGAGUAUAUUGGCAGCGACUGUUCAAGAGAAGUCUGGACUUGGAAGAAGAGUGGAGAAUUCCAUAAGAAAGGCUCAAAUACCUCAGGAGCUGGAUAUGGAACCAACGAUACUGUAGUCAUGUUGAUUGAUGCAGAUUCCAAAGAGCUAACUUUCUUUAAUUCCCCCCCUCCCGUGAGUGAACAAAAAAAUUUUGUUCACUCACGGAGGGGGGUUAAUUUUUUUUUUUUUAAAAAAAUUAUAUAUAAAUUUUUUAUAAAAAUUUUUUUUCGAAAUUUUAAAAAAUUUCACUUCUAUAAAAAUUGGAAAGCAAAAAUUAAUUUAAUUUAUAAAAAAUUUAUGUUUUAAAAAACGCAAUUUGUUUAAAAUUAAACAGAAUUAGCUUGAGAUUUUAUUAUAAUAAUUAUCACUUAUAUAUCAAAAUUUUUUUCCAUAACAAUUUUUUCUAUUAAAAAAAAUUUUUGUUCACUCACGGAAGGGGGGGGGAGUAAGAACGAAGAAGAAAUUUACAAAUUCACUGGACUUUCUCAAAGUGUCAUCCCUGCUAUCUGCUUUGGUGGAUCCAACCAAUUGGUGUCUAUCAAAAGUGUAGAAAAGCUUGGCUUUGGAGAAGCUACAAUUGACAAGAAAAAACUUAAAGUGAAUGGAGACACCGUCUAUGCCUGGUUCCCUGUAAACUCUGGAUUUAACAAGAGCCACUUCUGGCUUGGUGCUAAAGACUCAGCUAAUAGAUCUGAUGGAAAACUAACAAUCACUAAGGUUGACGAAGGGAACUCUAUAUAUGAAAGCAGCGUUGAUCUUAGAGCAGGAAAUCAUUAUAUAGAAGCAACUGUAAACAGCGAAGGAAGAAUUGGGAUUGGCUUGGCUAUGAAGUCAUCAGUUGAAAACAAGAACCUUGAAGCUGAGACCAACAUGAUUUUAUACAGUGACACUGACGGCUUUGGCUUACAUGAUGUCAUUGGAGUCCAUGCUAACUUCGACGCCUGCACAUUUACUUUCUAUAAGAAUGGAGAACAAAUAGCUACUAAAAAUCUGGGCACAGAGUUCACUGAAGAAUCUGAACCACUUAAGUUUGUUGCUGUCUUAACAGCUCCUCAACAAGCUGUGACUCUUUCAGAAAGACCUUCAAUUCCAGCACAUGUGGACCUUCUGAAUAUUGCAAGUGGCAGCGAUUCGACCCUUUGGGGCUACAAGUUCAAGGUGAUCCCAGACUUCAAAGGCAGAAAUAUGAAAGUGAUUGAGUCACUGCUCAGCUUUGCAACUGAAGAGAUCAAGACCGAGUGGAGAGACACCUAUUCAGCUAAGUUUAAGCGACUGUUUUGCACUGGAGCAGCUGAACAGCUAGUGAUUUAUCUUGAUGAGUUCACCCAGUCUAAAGGCAAAGACGUGCUAGCCCUUACUAACGAAGAAAUCGACCCAACUGAAGCAGAACUGAUUUACUACCCAGAGCUGGAAAAACUCAGCAAAGACGACAUCAGAGGACUAUAUCAGAUUUUGCUUAACUUCAAUAAACGAGUUGAGGCAUCUCUUUACUUAUUCAACUUGCAUAUUGAUCCUCAGCAAGGCAUUUCUGAACUGCAAAGGGUAUUCGCAGGCUCUAAAAGCUAUAUUUUCUUCAAGAUCAAGAACACUCUGCUCAAGGACUGCAUCUCAAAGACUAAUGUGGAUGUAAGGACUGAAAUAACCAUAGAUAGACCUAAAGCAGCAAGACAUAGGGACAGAAAAGAAGUCGACACCCUAGGACAGUUCUCAAUAUUUGGUCAGAUCUACAGAGCCUUGAUCAGCAAGCAGAAUAGAGAAUUCAGAAACUCUGAAAGGUUCUAUAGAGUCAGCUAUAGAGGUGAAGCUGCUACUGAUGCCGGUGGUCCUUAUAACGAAUCUAUCAGCAACAUGGUAGAUGAGCUGCAGUCAUCUUAUUUGAGACUUCUUGUACCUUGUCCUAACAAUGUGCAUAACAUUGGAGAAAACAGAGAAUCCUGGAUCAUCAACCCUGCAGCAGAAAGCAAGCAGGACUUAGAACUCUACGUCUUCCUCGGAAAAGUGAUGGGAGCUGCUAUAAGAACUCAGAACAACUUAGGAUUGUCAUUCCCACCAAUGUUUUGGAAGAGGCUUUUGAUGGAUCCAGUCUCUAUUAAAGACCUUAGAGGAGUUGAUGUCUGCUGUGUACAGAUUUUGGAAAUCUUAAGGAACCUUGAAGCCAACCAAUUGACACCAGAAAACUUCAAUUAUGCAUACGAUGUGAAGUUCACUACCAAAGAUUCUUCAGGUCGUGAAGUUGACCUUAUCGAAAAUGGCAAAGAUAUUACUGUCACCUAUGAAAAUGCAGGGCAGUAUGCAGAUUUGGUAGAAAAAUACAGACUUGCUGAGAAUCCUAAAGCUUAUGAAGCUAUUAGAAAGGGCAUGAGCGCAGUCGUGCCAAUUGAUUAUUUGAACUUGUUCAGCUGGAAACAGCUAGAAAUUUUAGUCUGUGGAGCUGCCAAUAUUGAUAUCGAUAUUCUCAAAGCCAAUACUGACUAUAGCAACUGCAGUGCAACUGAUCAGCACAUUGUCUGGUUCUGGGAAGCCCUUACUGAAAUGAUACCUAAGGAAAGAGCUUUGUACUUGAAAUUCGUAUGGGGAAGAUCGAAGCUACCAUCUGGGAGAGACUGGAAGCACAUGACUAUUACAAGAUAUAAUCCUCCUGGACCAGUUAAUAACUAUAUGCCAGUCACACACACUUGCUUCUUUACGAUAGAUUUGCCUCCUUACACUACUAAAGAAACAAUGAAGAACAAGCUGCUGUACGCAAUCACACAUUGCACUGAUAUCGAUCUGGAUGGAUCAGCCUCCGCAGGAUGGGAAGAAGAUGAUUAA